UUUCCAGGGUGUCGCACAAAGCCCCGCUGUCGCCUGGCGCGCUGCAACCCGUAAGUGCGGCUCGCGGCGCCCCCCACCCCACUCCCCCGGCCUGGCCCGGCCUGCUCCCCUCUUCCCGGAGCCGCGUGCAGGACAGCCGAGGCCGCUCAGGAGUGCUUGGAAGAACAAUGCAUGUAAGUGUUUGACACCAUGAUAUCCAUCAGGCAAAGAAAAGGAAUUAAAGCCACAGAAGUCUCUGAGGAUUAUUCAGCCCCAGAGGAAAGUGUGAAGUUGGAAAGCAAGUUGUCAUCCGGCUGUACCAACAGAAGAUUAUGGAAGAUUCUGUCGUUUACAAUUGGUGGAACUGUUGCCCUUUGCAUUGGACUUCUUACCUCUGUCUACCUGGCCACUUUACAUGAAAAUGAUUUAUGGUUUUCUAAUAUUAAGGAAGUGGAGCGAGAAAUCUCAUUCAGAACAGAAUGUGGACUGUAUUACUCCUACUACAAGCAAAUGCUACAGGCGCCAACUCUCAUGCAAGGUUUUCAUGGCUUGAUAUAUGAUAACAAAACCGAAUCUAUGAAGACAAUCAACCUCCUUCAGCGAAUGAAUAUUUAUCAGGAGGUUUUCCUCAGUGUUUUAUAUAGAGUUCUACCCAUUCAGGAAUAUUUAGAGCCUGUUUAUUUUUAUAUAUAUACUUUGUUUGGACUCCAAGCAAUCUAUGUCACAGCACUGUAUGUGACCAGUUGGCUCCUGAGUGGUACGUGGCUGUCAGGGUUAUUAGCAGCUUUCUGGUAUGUCACCAACAGAAUAGAUACGACCAGAGUUGAGUUUACCAUCCCCUUGAGGGAGAAUUGGGCACUGCCGUUUUUUGCAAUUCAGAUCGCAGCAAUUACAUAUUUCCUGAGGCCAAAAUUACAACCUUUUUCUGAAAGGCUGACACUUCUUGCCAUUUUCAUAUCAACUUUUCUCUUUAGUCUGACAUGGCAAUUUAAUCAAUUUAUGAUGCUGAUGCAGGCAUUAGUGCUAUUCAUACUGGACUCUUUGGACAUGCUGCCAGCGGUGAAGGCAACGUGGCUCUAUGGUAUACAAAUAUCAGGUUUACUCCUCGUUUGCAUUCUUCAGUUUUUUAAUUCCAUGAUUCUUGGAUCAUUGCUCAUCAGUUUUAACCUUUCAGUAUUAAUUGCUCGAAAACUUCAGAAAAAUCUGAAAACUGGGAGCUUCCUUCAUAGGCUUGGAAAACUUCUGUUACAUUUGUUUGUGGUUUUCUGUUUGACACUCUUUCUCAACAACACUAUUAAGAAAUUUCUUAACCUGAAGUCAGAUGAACACAUAUUUAAAUUUCUGAAGGCAAAAUUUGGGUUUGGAGCAACAAGAGAUUUUGAUGCAAAUCUCUAUCUAUGUGAAGAAGCAUUUGGACUCCUACCUUUCAAUACAUUUGAAAGACUUUCAGACACCCUGCUUUUUUAUGCUUACGUAUUUGUUCUGUUCAUCACUGUGAUUGCAGCAUUGACUGUUGCCUUCCAUAAUCUCAGUGAUUCUACAAAUCAGCAAUCUAUGGGUAAAAUGGGAAGAUGCACUAUUGACCUAAAACCUGAAACUGCCUACAACCUAAUACACACUAUUCUGUUUGGAUUCUUGGCUUUGAGCACAAUGAGGAUGAAAUACCUGUGGACAUCGCACAUGUGUGUGUUUGCGUCAUUUGGCUUGUGCAGCCCUGACAUAUGGGAGCUACUUCUGAAGUUGAUCCAUCUUUAUAACCCAAAGAGGAUAUGUGUAAUGCGAUAUUCAGUACCAAUCUUAAUACUGGUGUAUCUGUGCUAUAAGUUCUGGCCAGGAAUGAUGGAUGAACUCUCGGAGUUGAGAGAAUUCUAUGACCCAGACACAGUGGAGCUGAUGAACUGGAUUAACUCUCACACCUCGAGAAAAGCGGUGUUCGCCGGAAGCAUGCAGCUGCUGGCCGGCGUCAAGCUGUGCACAGGACGGACCUUGACCAACCACCCGCACUACGAGGACAACAGCCUGCGAGAGCGCACCAAAGCAGUUUAUCAGAUCUAUGCCAAGAGGUCUCCUGAGGAAGUGCAUGCCCUCCUAAGGUCCUUUGGCGCUGACUAUGUCAUCCUGGAAGACAGCAUCUGCUACGAGCGGAGGCACCACCGGGGUUGCCGGCUUCGGGAUCUGCUGGACAUAGCCAAUGGACACAUGAUGGAUGGCCCAGGAGAGAAUGAUCCUGAUUUGAAAAUUGCUGGUCACCCCCGGUUCUGUGAAGAGGUGAAAAGAAACCUGCCUCCUUACCUAGCAUACUUCACUAGAGUGUUUCAGAACAAAACAUUCCAUGUUUACAAGCUAGCCAGAAACAAGUAACAAAGUCCAGUUUCUAUUUUUGAUACACAAAAAAAUCCAUCAUAAUGAAAACUCAAGAGAUAUUUCAUGUGUAAUUGGGUAGCCAGUACCUUAAAGCUGUGAUAGGAAUAAGUUCUACAGAUGUUUACACAAUUACCAUCUUUGAAAGUAUCUUCUACGAGCUUGUUGUUUUUGUCUUGUCUCAGUAACGUCUUUGGCCUAAAUGUUCUUCACUUGCUAAAAGUGAUCUAGAGUUUUGUUGUUGGAAGAGCAAUAAACAUUUCAUAGGUAGCUUAAACAGCCACUCUGCUGGGAAUUCAGAACCGGCUGAGGACUUGAAAUAAUGUUCACUUGAUUUAAGACAGGUAUAGUUGGUUUGGAUUGCAUUAGGGGGUCUCUGUUGGAUUAUUUAAUAUUGUUUCGUUUGGUCUUAAUGAAGACCAGUUGGUGGCUUUUUUUGAAAAACUCUUUAUUGUCCUUUAUCACUGAAAACUUUCAUAAUGUUUUCCAGUUUUCAUGCCUUUAAUAUUUUAUAAAGCUUAUGUUAGAUCUUUGUGUGUACUUAAAACUUUUUUGUUGUGCUUUGACUCAGAUGUAAUAUGUAUCACUUCAAUAGUAUUGUCACGCGUUAAGAGUAUGUGUAUACAUGCAUGUGUGUGCAUGUUUUAAUCCUGAACACAGAAAACUGUCACAAGUUCCAAGUCUUAAAGGGACAGAAUUGUAAAGUAACAAGUGGAAUUUGUUACUGUUUGUUAGAAUUAUUAUUUUAAAACUUAUUGAUACUAGUUAACCUAUCCUGCAAGUAAGAUACUUCACCUUAUUUCUUAUUUAGAUUUACUGGGUUUGCAAAAUUUUAUAAACUUUUGUUUUUAGCCUUUGUAUUUUUUACAGCCUAGAAUCUUGCAAAGUCUGAAUAUUUUUAAAAUGUUGUAUCUUAACUAAUUCACUAAUACAGUAUUUUUGGCAGAGAGCAUUUUCAUACCAAGUUUGAUUUAUGGUCUCCAAUCUUACUGCGAGGGCCCUGGUAGCAUUAUUAUUAUUUUCUUACUAAAAGGUAACCAAGUGCCUCUAAGUCAUGCUUAUUUGUAAACAAAUAAAGAUUAUGUAUAUCUGGGUAAAAAUUUUUUGAUAAUUGCUUUUAUAAUUAAUUUCUAACGAAGAGGACAUGUAAAAGUUGCUGAUAAAAGCAUAUUAAAAUUUAAAUCAAGAUGGCUAGUGGAAUUAACUUUCUCCCCUGUUCUUGCCAGUUGGAAAUGAUUUAAAUGUUUCUCCUUGCCAUUGCAUUGAAGUAAAUUACCGUAGACAUCAAGAUGGAUAUGUCACAUGUUCAAAUAAUUUUAUAUUCAGUUACUCCUUAUUAAGCAGCAUUCGGGGAAAAAAAAUUUACACUGUCCUAUUGGGCUCAAGGAUAUUCAGCUUUUAUCAAAAUUUAUUUAAAUAAAAAAUUGAUAGUCGCUAGGUUAUUAAAUUAUGCAACUGAAACUCCUGAAUUAUAUCUUUCCUAUAUCCCUUAAUGAGGUUGGAGACCAAUGCAGUUUAGGAUAAUACAAUAAUAAAACAUUGUAAUCAGCACUAAACUGUAAUGAAGCCAGGAAUGGAGCCUGGCUGCCGUAGCUGACAGCAAGGGUCAGUGCCUCCUUCAGAGAGUGCCUUACUCGGAUGACACCAAGCACAUGUAAGGUACAACAUGUCAGAUGAGGUCGCUUAUUUUUUAAAUCCUACAUAUGACCUUCUCGGAUAUAUUUCAGUCAUUUUUAAAUAGCCCUGUGUGCACUGAUUUAAGCAUUUGAGUAUUUAGAGUAUUCGAGCAUUUGGGUAUUCUUGACAUACAAGAAACAUGUACUUACAUCUCUAUGCUCAUCUUCCUUAAGUGACAGCCUACAUUAAAAACAUCAGUUCUUUUUUUUUUUUUUACAGUUUAGGUGCCAUUGUUGCAAAAACAUUUAGUGUUCCAUCUUUGAUUAAAAAAUAUAUAUAUAAAGUGCCAAAAAAUAUUGCAAGACCGAACGAAACCAUAAGCUCUUUCCAGGACACUGUGAUCACGUAUAGUAGACAUUUUGAUUUCCUCAUGACCAAAUCUUCCAAUGAAACGCAUUCAGUAUUCUUCGUGCUCGUCAGUAGUCUGCUUUUAGGACCUUCUCCCUGGAGUACAGAGGAGGAAAUCGUGGAAAAGUCACGGACUCCGGCUCUCUUACCGGUCCUGAGCUCCCUGCCACACAGACUUUAGUGAUCGCAUUUGUAUUUGGCAGUAGCCACAGAUUGUGGCUGGGUUUUAUUUUGGGUUUGGGAGGGGAGGGAGUUGGACGCAGUAACUUGGAUUUUUACUCCAGAGUUAGCAUUCAGAAGAACCUCUUCAGUAAAAUAAGUGCUCUUAAUGAACUUCCGCUCACCUGAGUCACAAGACCCCUUGGCCAUCUCCAUCCCUCUUGUAGGUUGGCUGUUUCCCCCAGUGCCCCCUCCCCCAGGCUUCCGCCUUGAUAUUUUCUCACAUGCCCUCUUCACUCUCCUAAGUUCUGAACACCAAAGUUCUCUGAGUCUUAAUGCUUACUCUAAGUACACAAGUCAGCACAAACCUAGGAGAUAACGGAUAUAAAGAAGUUAUUUUUUAUAAAAUUUAACUGCUUUAAGGAAGAUUUGAUAAAGGUUGAGUUCUAACAACAAAUAUCCAAUAAAGCUUUUAAAUUAGGCACGUGAGAAAAUACAUUGGGAAAACAAAAUCUAAGAAAACUUCCAGGCUUAGAUUUUUUUUUUCUCAUACAUGUAUUUAAGGACUUGUUCCAUUUUUAAAUGAUAGACCAAUCAGAGGGUACUAAACAUACCCCUCUCGUGUUAUUGGUAUGGUUUAUGAAGGAAUAGAACUGGAACCACUGAUUGAGCCCUUAUGCCAAGGAAAGGUUUUGGAUUUAUAUUAGAAGAUUAGCAAAUGAGUCUACAGUGAGACAUUUAAAUUUAUGUUCCCCACUUGCUUCAUUAAAUGCCAAACUACUGAUACUGAUCACAGUGGUCAACAGAGAUUCCAAUUGAAAAGUUUGAGUCACUUUUAUUACAGGCUUUUUUCAAAGGUAGGAAUUUAUUUCAGAUAUAUUAGCCAGGAGCAGAAUUAGCUGUUUUCUAGGCCAUUUGUUGUUCCAUUAUUAACUCUGUGUGUGUGUGUGUGUGUGUGUGUGUGUGUGUGUGUGUGUGUGUGUGUGUUCGGUGCUGCCAGGUGGCAAGAAAAAUGUUCUGAU